AUGCGUGAAACCGGCGCAACCAUGGAACGCGCGGCAUUUAUUGGCGGUCUAUUCCAGUCAAAGCCUCAGCAACCCAACAUUAUUGGCCAUUUUGGUGUUAUGUGCAGGGGUUGCAAUCAAUGGUGCGCAAUCUGCAAUGCCAGCGUUAAGUGCCCGUUUUUACCCAACUCAAUGUCGUGCAACAGGUGUGGCAUGGAUGACAGGGAUCGGCCGUUUUGGCGCAGUGUUUGGGGCUUGGAUUGCCGUUUUGCUUGGGGUGAGGUGUGGUCACGUGAAGGUUUACCACGGCACACCCGCAGUUUAGUCACCAUUGCUAUCUUGUUGGCAUUGGGACGAGAAGAUGAACUCAGAAUGCAUCUACGUGCUUGCUUUAACAAUGGCGUUACCAAGGACGAACUCAAAGAACUGAUUUUACACAGCUCAUUGUAUGCGGGACUGCCAGCCGCAAAUGCUGCAAUGCACAUGGCUGAAGAUGUUUUUAAAGAACUCGGAAUAGAAGUGCAACCUGUCGCUGCACAACAACAGGAUUAA